AUGCCCCCUAGUCAGUCUGUACCCUACCUCGGCCCGGGGCCAUAUCAGCCUGGUCCACCGGGCGCAUAUCCCCAGGGAUCACAAAGCAGUCUGACUAGGGGACCAUCCAAUGCUUCGUCCUUCCAGCAGGGCCUCCCUCCUUCACAAGAAGAGCCCGACUUCGAGAUGAAUCGUCCGCGCUUGCAACGCUCAGAAACGACUGCAUCCGUGAAUCUUCGCACGCAAAAGACGAAAGCGAUAGACCUGAGCGCGCCGCCGUACACGAAGGAGUACAUUGAUCAGUACCGCCAGCGAAUUAAGGACGACCCUGAUCCGGAGGCGCAGUUCCAGUACGCCAAGUACCUGAUCGACGCGGCGAAGAAGAUCGGGCAGGACGCGAAGGAGCAGCGCGGGCUGCGCAAGUACCGCGACUCGCUCAUCGCGGAGUCGCUCAAGGUCAUCCGCCGGCUCGCCACACAGGGCCAGCCGUACGACGAGGCGCAGUUCUUCCUCGCGAACUGCCACGGGACGGGCAUGCUCGGGCUGCAGGUCGACCACGAGCGAGCGUACCACCUUUACCUGCAAGCCGCGAAGCAGAACCACGCUGCGGCAUGUUACCGUGUUGCUGUCUGCAACGAGAUCGGCGCGGGCACGAAGCCAGACCCGCAGCGCGCCGCGGCCUUCUACCGGAAAGCAGCUUCUCUAGGUGAUACAGCGGCGAUGUACAAGCUCGGCGUUAUUCUCUUGCGCGGACUGCUCAAGCAGCAGCCCAACCCACGCGAGGCGAUCGGCUGGCUGCGACGCGCGGCGGAGCAGGCGGACGAGGAGAACCCGCACGCGCUGCACGAACUUGCGAUGUUGUACGAGAACCCUAGCUCAGGAGUCGUCCCAUGCGACCCCGCGUACGCAAAGGACCUCUACACGCGCGCAGGCCAUCUCGGAUACACGCACUCGCAGUUCAAGCUCGGGCAGUGCUACGAAUACGGGACGCUCACGUGCCCGGUCGACCCGCGGCGGUCAAUCGCGUGGUACACGAAAGCGGCGGAGAAGGGGCACUCGGAGGCGGAGCUCGCGCUGAGUGGGUGGUACCUGACGGGCAGCGAGGGUGUGCUGAAGCAGAGCGACUCGGAGGCGUACCUGUGGGCGCGGCGCGCGGCGAACAAGGGGCUAAGCAAGGCCGAGUACGCGGUCGGGUACUACGCGGAGGUGGGCAUCGGCGUAAAGCAGGACGUCGAGUUCGCGAAGCGGUGGUACAUGCGUGCAGCAGCGCAAGGAAACAAGAGGGCGAUGAACCGACUGACGGAGAUGAAGCGGAAUGGAAACAAGCGGGCGAACAUGGCACGGCCGACACGUCAGGACGCGAAGGACGAGUGUGUGAUUGUAUAG